AUUAAGAAAAACAUGGUCCAAAUUGCUUUCACCAGGGGCGGCAGCUCUCGCGCUCAACUAGAAGGCGGAUUUCAAUGCCCUUUUUGUUUCAGGCGGCCGGUGACGGAGCUUCUCAGGCGACUACUCUGCUGUAGCUGGCAGACUAAAGCAAGCUUAAAUAUUCCGCGUAUUGGAUCACGGAUAUUUGGGGCGAGAACUUCAGGAGCUAAAAGCCUAAAAGUGAUAGUCAUCCUCAAGAUUGAGCCAAAAAAAAAACGACAUGGGGCUUUAAGUAAACGACAUCGUUCCCAUUCCCACGAGGGCCUUUUGGUAAACCAACACAUAGGUUCCCUGGAAUUUUGGAACCGUGGUAGUCCAUUUGAAUUCCUGCAAGGGCAUUGUGGCAUCCAUAUUGUUAGGAAAGCAAGAAGAAGAACGAACACGGAAUUCAACGGAGACGACACCGUUUCGGAUCGAUAGGGGACGACGCAGAAGAAGAAGAAGAUCAGGAAAUGUUGAAGAGACUGCAAUUACAAGAACAAUGCCAGCUACAGGAUUUGAGCCAAGUCAUUGAUCAUCUGGGGCGCCACUGCUUCGCUCCCGAUGAUUCUCUCGUCUCCAAAUCCGCAUACUACGACCUCCAACUCGCUAGGGAGGAAAUGUGCAGGGAAAGACUGCGUUACUUGGAAGCCAUGGCAAUUUAUAGUGAGGCAAUUGCAAUGGUGGAAGAUUAUCACCAAGGCUGGGGGAACCCUCCUCAGCUGUUUGAGACGUUGGAGCAUCUUAUGAUCACUGCAGAAGCCGCUCAAAGGUUGAGGCUUCCUCUGCUCUCUAAAGACGGUGAUAUUCAUGAGGAAGAAAUUGAAAGAUGCAGCAUAGUGUCACAAAGUUCCCUCGAUAGUACUUGUACCAGUUUCACAGUCGGGUCAAGUUCUAACUCUCCAAAUUAUAGUGGUGCAAAUAGCACAGUUAGUGCAGCAAACAACAAUCUUUGUCUCAGUGCUACUUCAGUAGAGGAACCUGGACUUGGAGGCGUUCCCAAUCGCUUUCUUGGAAUUACACCUGCAUAUUUAUGGAAAACACAGCUUCAACAAAUCCCUUUCGACAUGGAUCUGGCAGAAUACCAGCUGUGUCUUUCCGAUGAGAUUGAGGCUCGUUUACAAGCUAAAUGUGAUAAGUUAGCCCACCCCUUUGUAAUGGAAGACAUAGACUGGUUGUCAUCCGGACAGGAAAAUACAAGUGAUCAGUUACCAGAAAGGGUAAAGUCAAUAACUGAGGAGCUGGAAAGGGAGGAAGCAGCUCUGAAGGAAGAUCUGUAUUCAGCAGAAAGAAGAUUUACUGAAUACUACAAUGUUUUAGAGCAGAUAUUGGGAGUUCUUAUCAAGCUGGUCAGAAAUUUGAAGUUGCAACAUCAACACAAAUAUGAUGAACUGCAAAAGAUAUUCUUGUGCAAAAGGUGUGAGACCAUAGAUGCAAAAUUGAGGAGCCUGGAGUACGGUCUCCUUCGGGACACUUAUUCCAAGGAUUCAGUACCUGCCCUGCAUAAAAUAAGGAAAUAUCUUCUUGAAGCUACAAAAGAAGCUUCAAUCACACAUGAUAAAGCAGUUACUCGCCUUCAUGAGUAUCAGAGUGUUGAUGCUCACUUCAAUAAAAUUGCAGAGCAGUACCGUGAUAUUUUAAAGAAGUUGGAAAAUAUGCAAUGGACGAUCCAGCAAGUAGAAAUGGACCUGAAACGCGUCCCAGAACUACCCUAAUGCAUAGAAUUUGUUUCUUUUCCUGCAGUUCGCUGUGUUCCCUUUGGUUGUGACGCUUAGGGGCGCCCAUCAGUUUGAAAGUAAUGCAUUAACAAGCGUACCCAAUUCAAUUGUAAAUGAAUGUCAAUUUCUCUCUCUUAUCCGUUUAAAAUUUCUGCUCAUAGA